AUGGACGAGCAGCCGAGGUUGAUGCACUCUCACACGGGGGUAGGCAUGGCAGGGCACCCCGGCCUGCCGCAGCAUAUGCAGGAAGGCACCGGAGGAACGGACGGCGACGGAAGAAAACAGGACAUUGGAGACAUUUUACAGCAAAUUAUGACCAUCACAGAUCAAAGUCUGGACGAAGCCCAAGCCAGGAAACACGCUCUGAACUGUCACAGAAUGAAGCCAGCUCUUUUCAAUGUCUUGUGUGAAAUCAAAGAAAAAACAGUGCUGAGUAUCCGCGGCGCCCAGGAGGAGGAGCCCCCCGAUCCCCAGCUCAUGCGGUUGGACAACAUGCUGCUGGCGGAGGGUGUGUCCGGUCCGGAGAAAGGUGGAGGAUCGGCGGCGGCGGCUGCUGCAGCAGCGGCCUCGGGAGGAGCGGGGGCGGAUAACUCUGCCGAACACUCCGACUACAGGGCCAAGCUGACCCAGAUCAGACAGAUCUACCACACAGAGCUCGAGAAGUACGAACAGGCGUGUAACGAGUUCACCACCCAUGUGAUGAACCUGUUGCGAGAGCAGUCACGCACACGGCCCAUUUCGCCCAAAGAGAUCGAGCGCAUGGUGAGCAUCAUCCACCGCAAGUUCAGCUCCAUCCAGAUGCAGCUCAAGCAGAGCACCUGCGAGGCCGUCAUGAUCCUGCGCUCACGCUUCCUCGAUGCCAGACGGAAAAGACGAAACUUCAAUAAGCAGGCGACAGAGAUCCUGAACGAGUACUUCUACUCACACCUCAGUAACCCUUACCCGAGCGAGGAAGCUAAAGAGGAGCUGGCAAAGAAGUGUGCCAUCACAGUGGCCCAGGUUUCCAACUGGUUUGGGAAUAAAAGAAUCAGAUACAAGAAAAACAUUGGUAAGUUCCAAGAAGAAGCCAACAUGUACGCUGCGAGAACUGCCGUGAAUGCGGCUAAUGCAUCCUCACAUGGAAGCCAAGCAAAUUCACCCUCAACUCCAAACUCUGCAGGUUCUGGUGGCUCUUUUAACAUGUCAAACUCCGGGGACUUGUUCAUGAGCGUGCAGUCUCUCAAUGGGGACUCGUACCAGGGGGCUCAGGUGGGAGCCAACGUGCAGUCACAGGUGGAUACCCUUCGCCAUGUUAUCAGUCAGACAGGCGGGUACAGUGAAGGACUCACAGCCAACCAGAUGUACAGUCCGCAGGGCAUCAAUGCAAACGGUGGCUGGCAGGAUGCUCCGACCCCCUCAUCAGUGACUUCACCUACAGAAGGACCGGGAAGCGUCCACUCUGACACAUCCAACUGAUCCUCCUCCACCACCAACACCCUUUUCCGUCCUCUCUGCUCUCCGCCUUCCUUCAAACACCGCUUCACCCUCGU